AAUAUUUUUGACUGCGCCACUGCUGUCUACUGGACAGCGCCAUGUUGGAUGGGUUUUUAUAUAAACUCUGAAGGUUACACAAGACGUAUAGCAAUUUCGUAGGCAUUCAACAUGGCUAGUCUCUGCAGGGUGACCCCCAACCUGCUGUCAUCGAUUGCCAGAAAACAGGUCACUCCCCAGUUGUCUUUUGCUGUGAGGUCCAAUUCAACAGAAGCAAAAGCUGAAAAGACUGUUUUUGGCCCAUUGAAAGAUGAAGACCGAAUUUUCACCAACCUUUAUGGUCGACAUGACUGGAAACUCAAAGGAGCUAUGUCAAGGGGAGACUGGUAUAAGACAAAGGAGAUCCUCCAGAAAGGCACUGACUGGAUUCUGAAGGAGAUCACCAAGUCUGGCCUUAGGGGGCGUGGCGGUGCUGGGUUUCCUACUGGCAUGAAGUGGGGCUUUAUGAACAAGCCAUCAGAUGGAAGACCCAAGUACCUGGUGGUGAAUGCAGAUGAGGGGGAGCCCGGGACGUGCAAGGACCGGGAUAUCAUGCGACACGACCCUCACAAGUUGGUUGAGGGCUGCCUGGUGGCUGGCAAAGCCAUGGGGGCCAGGGCUGCCUACAUCUACAUUCGAGGAGAGUUCUACAAUGAAGCCUCCAAUCUGCAGAUAGCCAUAAAUGAGUCCUACAAGAAUGGCCUCAUCGGGAAAGAUGCAUGCGGCUCUGGUUAUGACUUCGAUGUGUUUGUGCACCGUGGAGCUGGGGCCUACAUUUGUGGGGAGGAAACUGCAUUGAUUGAGUCCCUUGAAGGCAAACAGGGAAAGCCCCGUCUCAAGCCUCCAUUCCCUGCUGAUGUUGGAGUGUUCGGCUGUCCGACAACUGUAGCCAAUGUAGAAACAGUAGCAGUAGCUCCGAUCAUCUGCAGGCGAGGGGGAGACUGGUUUGCAUCAUUUGGAAGGGAGAGGAACCGUGGCACCAAGUUGUUCAACAUCUCGGGCAAUGUUAACAACCCCUGCACUGUUGAAGAGGAGAUGUCUAUUUCACUCCGAGAGUUGAUUGAGAGACACGCUGGGGGUGUGAUCGGGGGGUGGGAGAACCUACAGGGAGUCAUCCCAGGGGGCUCCUCCACACCACUCAUUCCCAAGAAGGUCUGUGAUGACGUCAUGAUGGACUUCGAUGCUCUGGUCCAGGUUCAGACAGGCCUGGGAACUGCUGCCCUCAUUGUGUUCAACAACCAGGCUGAUAUCGUGCGUGGCAUUGCAAGGCUCAUGGACUUCUACAAGCAUGAGAGUUGUGGACAAUGCACACCGUGCAGAGAGGGCACUGGCUGGAUGGUAAAGGUUAUGGACAGAUUCAUGACGGGUAACGCUCAGCCGGAUGAGAUUGACAUGCUGUAUGAACUGACCAAGCAGAUUGAAGGACACACUAUCUGUGCUCUGGGUGAUGGAGCUGCCUGGCCAGUUCAGGGCCUGAUCCGUCACUACAGGCCGGAGCUGGAAAGGAGGAUGAAAGAGUUUGAGCAGAAGAAAGCUGCAAGUUCAUGAACGUGAUGACAUAUAGGAGAAUAUGUGAACUGUACAGUGUAAAUUAUUUCCAGGAGUAUUGGUGGUAUUUCAAUUUGUGUACAAAGUGGUUUAGAGAAUGAUACAGUUUAUCACAAGGUUGGCCUGGAAGACGUUAACAAAAUUGCACAACAACUGUCGUUUGUGAAUGACUAUCCAUCUAUGAAAUGGUGAUACAUUGUAUUGUCUUACUGUUACUGGUAUAGGUUUCACUACCAAGUGUGAAACUGAUGCUGAUAAAGCCGGCUCUCUAUUGAGACAUUCACCUUCUUGGUCGGCUGUACCUGUGUGUAUGAGUGUGACAUACUUAGGGCUUCACCUAGGUUUACUUAAGUAUCACUGGUGACACAAGAAUGUCCAGGGUUUACGUUGACUACACUGAGUCACUGUUAGUGAAAUAAAAUAUUGUUUUAAAAGAAAA